UCUUUCGUCUUCCUUGCUCGAUUCUCCUGAUGACGAUUUCUCACAUCCACUUCUGAUUCCUUCAGAUAAACCUAAAAUAGCCUAAGCCAAAGACUUGCCCUUUCAUAUUCUCCAGUUACUUCCACGCUUGCUAAAAUUCGCUCAUGGCGGCUCCAAUCUGAGAAUUUUGAAAUAAAGAUACCAGGUUGCCUUGAGAAAAAAAAAAUGGCGGAAUUGCAGCCACUGGAUGGUCAGCAAACAAACGGCGGCGUUAUUCCUCCUCCGGCUUCAAGUUCAGUAGAAGUGACGGCGAUUACAGCCGCGGGAUCGAAACGAUUGAGAAGACCAAGCGUUCGAUUAGGCGAAAUCGGCGGAGACCAGUACCAGCAUCAUCAUCAUAACCAAGCGGCGUCGGCGUACGAUUCUCAGGGGAGGAAAUCGAAAUGGGCACCGGCGACGACGACGAGUGGUAAUAGAAAAGAUAUGAGUAAAUCGUCGAGGACGCGAACCCUAACGAAUUUGAGUUCUGGGUACGAUAAUAUCGGAACCCUAGAUGAUGAAAGAGAAGGAAAUGUGGAUCCUUUUGGUGUUGGGAGUUGGCGGGUCAAGAAACGGGUCGGGUCAUCGACAACAGGAGCAGCGGCGAAGAGAGUUCGAUCCAAUUGGGUAUCGAGAAUUGGGGAUGGGGAUGAUAAAAUUAGUGGAGGGGAAGAAUUGGAAGGUGGGUUUAGGGAUUUUAGCAGAGAAGAUUCAGAAAGUCCGAUAAAGGAAGAGUCUUUGGAUAGAGAUGGUGGAGGUUUUUACGGUAGAAGAAGAUAUGAGAGUAACAAUAGUAGUGGAAACAGAGAAUUCGAGUCGAAUAUGGAUGGAGGAGUUGGUGGUGGAGGAGGAAGAGAAGGGGUGAAGAUUUGGCUACAAGAGUUAGGGUUAGGGAGAUAUUGGCCAAUGUUUGAGAUACAUGAGGUUGAUGAAGAAGUUUUGCCAUUGUUGACAUUGGAAGAUCUUAAAGAUAUGGGGAUUAAUGCCGUUGGAUCGAGGAGGAAGAUGUUUUGUGCAAUCCAGAAGCUUGCAUUAGGCACAGUAGUAUUAGUAGAAGGAGAAGUGGGAAAAGAAGAGGAUGAUGAAGAAGAAUAGUAGAAGAAGAAAGAAGAAGGUUCUUAACUCUUUGGUCUCACUUUUCUUCUCUUGAGAUGGUCUUCAUGGAUGUUCUUGAUGAUAAUAAGUAUUUUGCAAUCGAAUAGGUGUUGCUAUUUGCAGUAGAAGUUCAAGGAGAAGGAACGAUUGUGUUAAGUCUAGCAUUUUAUUCACAUUGUGGAAGUGUUUUGCUAUCUCAAUGUGUAGGAACAGGAACAACUAAGAAAAAGAAAAUUAGACUUUUCAUACUUGUGCCUACCUCUUUUCAUCUGUGGAAACAGAGGAACCAUAGGAGGCUAAAACCAGAAAGAUUUCAGAUCUGAGUCAACAUGGGAUUUUUUCCAUGUGAUUUAUGUAUAAGUUACAAAUGCGAUCAAUAAGUUUGAAGUGGUGAACUCAACUCAACCAUGAAGUUUUUUAUGCUCUAACGUGGUUUUUCGAAAAUAUUAUAUACUGUUAGUUUGAACUUUGAAGUAUUGCCAUGUUUCUCUU